AUGACUACACAAGAAGACGCUUCAAAAGAAGCUACCAUUUUACAACUCUUUAGUGAGAUAGACCGUUCUACUAACCAAGGAGAGUAUAACAAGGCACUGAAAAGCAUAGACAAAAUACUGAAACUUAAUGCCAAAGAUUUUGACGCAAUUCACUGCAAAGCCAUUUCCUUGAUUCGUCUUGAGAAAUAUCAGAAUGCUCUCGAAUUCCUGACAAAAAAUGUGCCCGAGGAUAAACUUGUCGCUGUGAAAGCAUAUUGUCUUUAUCGGCUGAAUCAGUGGGGCGAAGUUUUGAAUCUUUGUCGAAAAUAUAAGGGUGCUGAGAAUGAAGAGAUGGGGUUAUGGCAUUUAGAAGCACAAGCGGCAUAUAGGAUGGAAGAAUUUUCAGAUUCCUUGGAAAUUUAUUAUAACAUCUUACAGAAAAAGGAUAAGAAAGAUGACUCGUACAGUGAUAUAUUGACAAAUUUCAUUGCUGCGAAAUCGGCAUUGCUGUUUUCUGGAGGACAACCGAAUGAAAAAUACACUUUAGCGGAUAAUGUUAGUAGCAGCAACACAUUUGAAUUGGCUUACAAUACAGCCUGUAGUAUGAUUGCACAAGGUCGUUUAAAACAAGCUGAGAAUUUACUUAAAACCGCAAAAAUCGUGUGUCGCAAGUCACUUUCACAAGAAGAUUAUAGUGAAAAGGAGAUUGAGCGAGAGCUUGCCACAAUAAUUGUACAGCUGGCUUAUGUACAUCAACUACAAGGUAGAAUUAACGAGGCAACUGAUCUUUGUCAAUCAGUAAUUAAAUCAAAAGCUGCCGAUAUGACUGCGUUGGCUAUAGCUUCGAAUAACUUGGUGGUAGCACGGAAAGAAAAUGAUGUGUUUGAUUCAGCGCGUAAGUUGCGUGCAGCAUCUGCCAAAAACUUAGAAACGAAGUUAUUUAAAGUCCAACGACAAGCUAUUGCCAUUAAUGAGGCCCUGUUAUCCCUUUACAUGCAUAAGUAUUCAGUUUGUCAAGAUACAGCCCGCAAAUUGCUACAAAUUUAUCCAGAGAACGAUUACCUUUAUGUCUUGCUCUCUUCGAUAUCCUAUCGACAAAAAAAGACCACCAAAGCCAUCCAGGAAUUACAAGAAUACGCGCAAACUAAAUCCACUUCCUUACCAAUAAAUUUCGCGCUGAUACAACUCCAGCUAUUGCAAUCAAAUAUUCAAGGGUCGAUAGCAACACUUGAAAAGUAUCUGGAGUCACUUGAAGAUGAAGGUGCGAGAUACCAGCCUGCUUUGGUAGGACUUUUAGUUUGGCUUUAUGAGAAGUCUGGACAAUCGGAUAAAUCUGUGCAUGUUUUGGAGAAAGCGGGAUCUUUUUCAAAGAGUGAUGCUGCGUCGGUGCAAAGUUCUUCGAUAUUAAAACAGACGGCGGCAUUUAAACUUAAAACACGCCGCUUUUCUGAAGCUGCACAAGAUUAUGAGCAACUUGUGAAAGCUAACCCCGAGGACUCGCAAGCAUUAGCCGGACUCAUUGUUGCAUAUUCUCAAUGUGAUGUUUCUUUGGCUGAGAAAUACGAAAGCUCAUUAGCAACUAUUAAGCAUUCAAAAGAUAUCGAUGUUGAUUCUCUCGAAAAAAAUAUUCCCGGUGUAAAAAAGAGUUAUAAAAAACUCGAUGCUAAAAGUGACAAUGUGGGGAAGUCAUCAGUAAAGAAAAAGAGGAAGAGAAAACCACUGUUGCCCAAAAAUUUUGAUCCUAAUGUUCCACCAGAUCCUGAACGGUGGUUGCCUAAACGAGAACGCUCAACUUACAAAGUAAAAGGAAAAAGAAAACAACAAUUAAUGAAGGGCCCACAAGGUGUCGCUGUUGCAGGCGGAGGAAUCGGUGGAACUGGGAGUGCAAAUAUUGCUGGAAAAAGUCCGAACACAGGAACACCCGAACAAAAUGUUGUAAAUCAAUCCAAUCAACAGGAACCUCCAAACAUUCCAUCAGUAACUGAAAUUCCAUUAAUAUACACUGCAUGCGGAGCUCACGAAUCUCAAUUUUUCGAGAUACAUGAAUUUGACAAAGCAGUGAUGGGGUUGAGGUGUAACCUUGAGAGAGCACCUUCUAUAUUGCACUUGUGCCUAAAAGCAACUCUGUUUUACAACAAUAUGCCAAAAAUCGAAAAACACUCGUGGGAUAUCGAUUUUCCCGUCUAUUGUGCUGGCUUCAGUCCAGCGGGUGAACUGCUAAUUGGAGGUGGUGGAGGUGCUUCGAAAACGGGUGUACUAUAUAGUUUACAAGUAACAAAUUGGAAGCUUGAUAAGCUUUCCGAAAUCGAGCUUGCUACGGACGAAGAUGCUCCUUCCAGUAUGGCUUUUCAUCCAGAGGAUAAUGUGAUUGCUUGCGCUAUUAAUAGCAAUGAAGAGAAGAUUAAAGCCGGUGAAAAUCAAAAUUGUCGAAUUUUUAGAUAUUCAAAUGAGAAGAUUCAAUCAGUAAAUAGAAUACAAACGUUAACAAGUAAAAAUCCGAAUGAUUAUCAAAAAGUUACCGCAUUCAGUAAAGAUGGACGGUAUUUAGCGACUGGUGGCUCUGAUAGUAGGUUGAUGGUUUUGAAGUAUCCAUCACUUGAUGUUGCUUUUCCACCUGUGAAUUACGAUCAAAAAGAGAUUUAUGAUGUUGAUUUUGAUACAACUGGCAAACAGCUUUGCGCGUAUGGUCUACUCAAGACGGAAAAUGCAUCCAGACCAUUGAUCGUCCUAUUUCUCAAAAAACUACGCAAUGUUUAUUCAGGGCAUGCAGAAGCAUCUGAAAGUUUUCUUUACACUGUGAUCAAUUCGACAUCUCGUAAUAAAGCAUUUAUAGUUAAAUGGGAUCAGCAAACCUGGGAUAAAGUGGCUGAGAGAAUUGUCUCUAAAAAGCCCAUAGUUGCUUUUACAAUUAGUGACAAUGGAAAAUUAUUGGCUUAUGCUUCUUCGGAUAUGAGUAUUGGAGUUGUUAGUUCAGACAAUUUGAGGGUUCUCUUAAAAGUUCCAAACGUGCACCAACAACCGGCAGUCGCUCUAAGUUUUAAUCAUGACACGUCGCUACUUGUUAGCGGCUCUUUCGAUAACACUGUACACAUAAUAAAAAUUCCAGAGAAAUUUGGUAUCGCAGUUCCUUUGGCCUUGAUAGUUAUCGUGUUGUUUUCCUUACUUGCGGUAUUAGUAGCUCUUAUUAUCACUAUGCAAAGUCUAGUCUUGGUCAAGGACCACCCGCGCUCACUAGUGCUUUGUCAACACUUUAGAACUCCACAACCAAUACUGUUAUUUGAGAAUAAUGGAAACUCGCCAAAACCCGAAUGCAAUGUGCUGUUUCUAAAGAGCUCGAACUUUAGCCUGAUUGGAUAUCGUCAGUUGAAUUCGCGUCGAUACGUCUAUGGGAUUCUUGGGCUUAUACAGCUCGAAAAGGCUGUGGUAACAGAGUGUAAACCUGUGGGGCAGAUUCGCACCGGCGAGUCUGUUAAUCGCAUUUUGGACGUGGAAUUUUAUUCGCUUACAAACAAUGCUUGGGAUAGUGGUAUUGGAAUGUAUGAAGAAGAGGAUACUCUUGAUCAAUCGCGACCUUAUCACCCAUGUUCUCAUCUUCGAAAGUUACUUUCGAAUAAACAUUUUUAUUUUUCAUCGGAUUUUGAUCUUACCAGAACUCUCCAAGUUAGAAAUCUUGCAUCAGCGAGUGAUAAGUAUUCUUUUGAUGAUCGAUUUCUUUGGAAUAAAUAUAUGAUUAAUGGAUUGCUUAGGUUUAGAGCUAAAUUAAAUCGGGAAGAGCAAGCUCACUUGGAUCAGAGUGGUGCCUUGACAGAGACCAUAUUGGAUGCUAACAAAUUGUGUUUUUCUUAUACGCAAAUUCGUGGCAGUGUUCCAGUUUUUUGGGAACAGCAGGGAAUACAAGUAAUUGGCCACAAAGUGCAAAUCUCGCGUGGUGCUGAUGCCACACAACCAGCCGUCGAACGUCACUUUACAGAUCUUGCAAACAGAUACGGCGAACUGCACAUUAUAAAUUUACUUGGCCCGAAAGAAGGAGAAGCACUAUUGGCCAAAGAAUAUCAUAAUCAGAUAGAUAUCCUGAAGUCAAAUGGGACACAGGUGUUAAUAACCGAUUUUGAUUUUAAUACGAUAUGCAAAAAUGCAAAUUACGAGAACGUAAAGUUAUUGCUGGUGAAUAUCGAAGAGGAAUUAAAAGCUUUUGAGUUAUUUGUGCUUGAUACUGAAUCGAAUGUACCCAUAGUUAAACAAAAAGGCAUUUUUAGAACUAAUUGCGUGGAUUGUUUGGACAGAACAAAUGUAGUUCAGACUACGAUAUCGCGCACAAUUCUAGAAAGUUAUCUUCCACAAUUAAAAUUCACAUCUCGUCAGCUUGACACGAUUUUCUAUUCCCAUUCACAUUUAUGGGCUGAAAAUGGGGACAGUCUCUCCAAAAUUUAUGCAGGUACUGGGGCUCUAAAAUCUGAAUUUACUCGAAGCGGGAAAAUCACUUUGGCAGGUGUUAUUGGAGAUGCUAGUAAAUCUGUGAAUAGAUUUUAUAUCAAUAAUUUUCAAGAUAAAUCUAAACAGGAAGUUAUUGACCUACUGCUUGGAAAACAAUUGAAUCAAAGCGUAAUCACUAUUCAUGACCCUGUGCAUGAUCUGGUAUUGGAAGCAUUGAAUAAAAGGAUUGAAGAAUAUUCCACAAAAUCUACGAUCAGUGUUUUUGUUGGUACCUACAAUCUAAACGGAAAAUUACCAUCUGGAAGAGAAUCGAUAGAUCAAUGGCUUUUUGCAUUUCAUCAAAAUUCCUCUAAACAGCCUGACUUGGUAGUAAUUGGAUUCCAGGAAAUUGUCGAAUUGAAACCUCAACAGAUUGUAUCUGCAGAUCCCGACAAACUACGCACUUGGGAAAAAGAAAUCACAAAUUUACUCAACAACCGUCGACAAUGGUCUAUUAAAUAUGUGUCUUUGAGAUCGCGUCAACUUGUUGGUACAGCAUUGUUAAUAUACGCUAAAUCCAGUAACGUGUCCAAUAUUCGUAAUGUUGAAUGUGUAACAAAAAAAACAGGAUUGGGCGGAAUGGCUGGUAAUAAAGGUGCUGUUGCUAUUCGUAUGGACUAUCAUGAUACAAGUAUUUGUUUUGUUACCGCCCAUUUUGCUGCAGGCCUUUCUAAUUAUGAUGAGCGAAAUAGAGAUUAUCAUACAAUUAAUGAUGGUAUUUCGUUUCGUCAAGGUCGCCAAAUUAAUAAUCAUGACGCUGUGAUCUGGUUAGGAGAUUUCAAUUAUCGAAUCUCUGAGACGAGUGAAGCGGUUCGUAAUUUUGCAUCGUUAGGCAAUUUACACGCAUUAAUAAAAUCGGACCAAUUGAUAAAACAACAUAAAUCGGGUGCAGUAUUUCGAGGAUACACAGAAGGGACUCUCACGUUUCUACCUACUUAUAAAUACGAUACUUUUAGUGAUAAAUAUGAUACUAGCGAAAAAAGUCGAAUACCAGCUUGGACCGAUCGAAUUUUGUAUCGAGGAAUGAAUAUCACCCAAUCUGAAUACUCGAGGGCUGAAUUGAAAGUUUCCGAUCACAGACCCGUUAUGGCUCUAUUUAACAUAGAGUACGAUGAAGUAGCCAAAGAAAAAAUCCAGCAAGAAUUAUACAAUAAUAUUCAAGCAUCGUUAUCAGUUGGCACUCCGACAAAUGUUUUAAUCGAUGUUGAAGAUACAAAUAUCGUGCUCAAUAUUGUAGUGCCACAACCAAGCUCUGAAUUUUAUCAAUGGUGGAAUGACGAUACGGUAUCUUCUUCACGAGAUGCAAAUGAAUACGCAACAACAAAUCACAGACUAAGAAAUGGCUCUACAAAUCCUUUCGAUGUGUUUAUCUCCUCGCCAAAUCGUUCAAAUCCAUCUCCGGUUAACUCUGAGAAUCCAUUCGAUGUUCUCGAAGAAGACCAGGAUUUGAGAACAAACACUGAUACUCUUGUUGAUGUCUCAAUACCACCAAUAUCUCAGCCAGCAACAACCACGAACUCAAUACACAAUAACUGGGUGCCGCUCACACCUAUCAAAGUAAAUGAAGCUGCUUCUACGUCGGCUGCUGCAUCCCAAGAAGCCUCUACAACUGCUAAUAAUACUAAGGCGAAACCUCGAGAUGAUCCAUUUCAGUUGUGA